GUUACAUAUGCCGUCUGCAAGCCCCACCUCGAAUCCGUAAGCCUUACAAUAAUGCCCGUGUUCUUCAGAACGUGCUUGUAGUUGUAAAAUCUAAGAGAGAUGCCAGAUCCAAAAGAGGUGAAAAAACCUCCAUUCAUACACCAGAUAUAACUUACAGACAAACUUUCAUGCAACUUGCUGCAACCUUUGACCUUUGGAUUCAAUCCCCCCUACAAACACGGAAGGGGAGGGUUUAUACCUUGAUAUUUCCAGUCAAUCUGUUCCUACCAGAGUCGACUACCCCAAGUUCACAACCGUUAUCCAAAAAGCAAAGCAAAAAAGCAGAGGACUUUGAUUGAAGCAGAGCACAGAGUCUUGAACAUCAAGAUGAAGGCGGAGACUAUGACAUUGGUUUUGGUAAAUCUAGCGAGUAUUAUGGAAAGUGCUGAUGAGAAGUUGGUGCCGGCGGUGUAUAAGGAGUUGGGGGCUGCUUUGCACACAGACCCUACUGGUUUGGGCACACUAACUUUGUAUCGAUCCAUAGUGCAGACUUCUUGUUACCCACUAGCAGUUUACCUGGCUCUACGCUACAACCGUGCCCACGUCAUUGCCCUCGGCGCUUUUCUCUGGGCCACCGCCACGUUCCUCGUCGCCAUCUCUUCCACCUUCUUCCAGGUAGCGGUGUCACGAGGUUUAAAUGGAGUUGGGCUUGCCAUUGUCAUACCUGCCAUUCAGUCUUUUGUCGCUGACUCAACUGACGUUAACAAUCGUGGUACGGCUUUUGGAUGGUUAUACCUAACAGGAAAGCUCGGCUCCAUAACUGGCGGGUUCUUUGCCGUACUACUAGCCUCAACAUCAUUCAUGGGCAUAACUGGCUGGAGGAUUGCUUUCCUUGUAGUGGGAAUUGUAAGUGUUAUAGUUGGUAUACUCCUCCGCAUCUUUGCAAAUGAUCCGCACUUUCCGAAGAGUGAUAGUGGAGCUAAUGGUCGAGUGAUUCAUAAGCAUUUUUGGUCAGAUGUUAAAGAGCUAAUUCAGGAAGCAAAUUCAGUAAUUAGAAUACCAUCUUUUCAGAUAAUUGUGGCUCAAGGUGUCUCUGGAUCAUUCCCUGGAUCAGCUUUGUCAUUUGCCCCUAUGUGGCUGGAGCUUUUAGGUUUUUCCCAUGAAAAGACAGCAUUCCUUUGGACCAUUCUAGUAGUUGGUGCUUCUUUUGGAGGUCUGUUUGGUGGAAGGAUGGGGGAUAUCCUUGCUAAACGCUUGCCCAAUUCUGGAAGAAUUAUCCUGUCACAAAUAAGCUCAGCUUCGGCUGUUCCCUUAGCUGCAGUUUUGCUGCUAGUACCGCCUGAUGAUCCAUCCUCUGCAUUCAUGCAUGGGCUUGUCUUGUUCAUUAUGGGAUUUUUUACAUCCUGGGAAGCUGCGGCAACUAACAAUCCAAUAUUUGCAGAGAUAGUCCCUGAGAAGUCUCGUACAAGUGUCUAUCCUUUGGAUCGAACAUUUGAGACAAUACUAGCGUCAUUUGUGCCCUAUGUAGUUGGAAUUUUGGCUCAGCACGUUUAUGGUUAUAAACCAAUUCCAAAAGGGUCAUCAAACUCUGCAGACGCUGAAACAGAUAGACAGAAUGCUGCAUCACUUGCCAAGGCACUCUACACAGCAAUUGGCAUUCCUGCGGCAAUCUGUUGCUUUAUCUAUUCCUUGCUGUAUUGCACAUAUCCAAGAGACUGUGAUCGGGCAAGAAUGGUUGCCUUGAUAGAAUCUGAAAUGCAGGUGCUUGAGGUACCUCCAUCAAGCGAAAUUGACAUUGCUUAUGAAGGGGAGAACAGCCUUGACUUGGAUGAUAAUGAUGAUGAGUCAUCUCUGCUUUCACGUUAGCUUCCACUCAAAUUUGGAUAUGUAAGGAACUCAAAUAAUACAAAGCUUCCUGGGCACACAAAAUUGUUAAUUGCUCAAGAAGUUCCUACGAGUUAUUUCCGAAAUAAUAUUAGUUAUCAUACUAUAUUUAGUCACAAACUUGUAAUUGAAUCUUAUUUAGAGAUUUAGGAUUGGUAAAACGUGCAAAAAUAUAGGCAUAUUUAGUGGUAUUGUUCAGUUUAGAGUGCAUUGCAUUGAUGCUAACCAUGGAAGUUUAAAUGGCUUUUCUGAGAGCAGCCAGAUGCAGUUCUUUUCAUGACUGUUCUGCUUCUUUCGCCUUUGCUUUCGCAAUUUACCUUGGCAUGGCACUCCUCUCCAGAAAGAAAGAUAACUAGCAUCGACAGAAAAUUACACACACAAUCAAUCAAGUUAAGCAUACUCUUCACUACGCAUGGCUGAGAAGUGCGGACAAAUUAUGAUGAGGAUCAUCCUGAUCAGAGUAUGAACUUGUAUUAAAGUACAACAGGGAUUAUUUUCAAGUGAAGCAUGGGCAACUAUGCAGUUUCAGUUUGGAUUUAUGAAGUUACAAUUAUAAUGUCUCUCUAAAAUUUUCAUUGAUAUGUAAAUGUCAUUUUUGCAGAGAUAGUCCCUGAGAAGUCCCAUUAUCUAUGUUUAAGAUGAACCAUUUGAAUCCAUGCUAGCAUAAUUUGAUCCUGCAGUGGCCUCUCGGGAUUCUGGCUCAACAUGUUUGUGGUCGUGAACCGAAUGUGCAACAAACUUCAAACUCUGCAGGUUUUGAAACAGAUAAGAGAGAAUGCGCAAGCACACACUCUUUUCUCACAAAGAGAUUGUACGAGUCUAGUAAAAUUUACAAAGAACAAUGAAAUACAUCCAAGUUGUUCUGUCUGACUUGGCUCAAUACAAGUGUGGUUUAUAAGAUGAACGAAGGCCCAAAGCAAAUACUAUUAAUUCUUGUAUGAACUAGAUCGAUGGUCCGGGAGGUAUAUUGAAAUGGGUAUUUGAGUAUAUACGUGUAAAUAUGAAUGGUUAAUUCACACAUGUUUAAGUAGUCACAUUAAUCAUAGAAUCGGCCCCCCUAUAUAACUGAUCAGACUUUCCACAUGUC